CGACGAUUCAAACAGCGGAGAGGCUGUGCGGCUGGGAAGGUCCCUGCUUCAGCUGGCCCGGCACCUCCCGAGUCUCCCCCGAGCCAGUGCAACGAAGCUGAGGCUGGGAGAGGUGACAUAACUUGGCAAAGAUCUCACAGCUAGCAAGUGGUGAAGCCAGGAAUCAGAACAGUGUAAUUCUAGACUCAUUUUCAUUCUAGCAAUCUGAACUCUUUUUCUGCACUGGCCUUUAAAUAACACUAGAGGAUGGCUGUGCUUCAUCAGAAGUCUGUCUUGGAUAUGAUUAAAGAGUUCAGGAGGAAUUGGCACACUCUUUGUGACUCUGAGCGAACUACUGUAUGUGGCGCAGACUCCAUGAUCUUGGCAUUGCAGCUUUCCAUGGCGGAGAACAACAAACAGCACAGUGGAGAAUUUACAGUUUCUCUCAGCGAUGUCUUACUGACCUGGAAACGCUUACUACAGGAGAAAUUGAACUUACCAGUUGAAAAUAUGGAAGUGAUUGACCAUUAUGAGGACAUUAGGAGGACUUACGAUAAUUUCUUAAAAAAUAGUAAUAUGUUAGAUCUGAUUGAUGUUUAUAAAAAAUGUAGUGCUUUGACUUCUAAUGGUGAAAAUAAUGCCAACAUAUCUCCUAGUCAACUACGGGAUUUUCUGUGUGGCAGACAGUCCACAGUAGAUGAUGAAACUGGUCUUUCUGUACCGACAUCACCAAUGAGUAAACACAAACAGGAUAAUGAAAAGGCGAAGUUACUGGCAAAGAAAAUUAUCUACUCAUAUUUGAAUCUGCUAGUGAAUUCAAAGAAUGACCUGGCUCUGGCUCAUAUUCUCAAUAUUCCUGAUAGAGGACUUGGAAGAGAAGCCUUCACUGAUUUGAAACAUGCUGCUCGAGAGAAACAGAUGUCUAUCUUUUUGGUGGCCACAUCAUUUAUUAGAACAAUGGAGCUUGGAGGGAAAGGAUAUGCACCAUCACCUUCUGAUCCUUUAAGGACACAUGUGAAAGGAUUGUCUAGUUUUAUUAAUUUCAUUGACAAAUUAGAUGAGAUUCUUGGAGAAAUAGCAAACCCAAGCAUUGCAGGGAGUCGGAUACUCUCCGUGAUAAAGAUGCAGGUGAUUAAAGGCCAGAACAGCAGGGAUCCUUUUUGUAAAGCAGUAGAGGAGGUUGCUCAGGAUUUGGAUUGGAGGAUUAAAAAUAUUUUCAAUUCUCAACAAGGAGACUUAGCUGUUAGCACCACUGACAUCAGUCCUGCACGGCCAAAAUCUUAUGCCAUAAACCAUGGCACUGCAUACUGUGGCAGAGAUACCGUGAAACUUUUACUAGUUCUUUUGGAUGAAGAAGCAGCCAGUGUUCCUACCAAAAACAAAGCAGAGCUUUUAUAUGACGAUGAAUACACCAUUGAUCACAAUGGAACUUCUAUUCUUACACUUUUCAGAUCUCCCAUACAAGUGAAUAAUUCUUUGGUGAAACCACUAAGAGAACGCAUCCAUAAGUCAAUGGAAGAGAAAAACAUUAAGAUGAAGCAAACCUUAAUUAGAUCCCAGUUUUCUUGUACCUAUAAAGACGACUGCCUGAUAAGCAGGAAUACAUGGAAUAAUGUUGAUUCAGCAUCAAAGCCAUUGAAUGUUCUUCACAUGGAAAAUGACCUUUCUGGUGUAAAUUCAUCUGUUGGAAGACCAACAAUUGGAACAAAUCCUGGAAAUGUUCAUCUGGACAGAAGUAAAAAUGAAAAAGUAGAAAGAAAAUCCAGUAAUCAGACAGGAAAUAAAAGCUCGAAAAGGAAACAGGUGCAUUUAGAUGAUGAAAACAUUCUCUGUGAUAAUGGAAAUGAACCACCCCAAUAUAAAAAUGUUAAGAUACCUAAGACAUCAAAUGAUAUGCAGAAUAAAUUGGAUGGCAAACUAGCCAAAAUAGCAAAAAGCAACAAGUGUGCUGCCAAGGACAAAUUGAUUACUGGCCAGACAAAGUUAACUCAGUUUUUUAGACUAUGAAUUUGUCUUUUAUGUACUUUAGAUUCAUGUAUGUAUAAAACCAUUCACCAAAGGCAUGUACUUAAUUUUUAAGAGAUCAAGGUGUAAAUUAUGAUGCUUUAUUGUUAUUUUAAAAAUUCCUUAUUGUUUAAAGUAUUACAUAUGCCUCCUUUUCCCCCCAUUGACCUCUCCCCAGAUACUCCCACCCCCUAGCCCAUGCCCUCACCCUGCUAGUGUCUAUGUCCAUUGGUUAUGCUUACAUGCAUGCAUACAAGUCCUUUGGCUGGUCUCUUACCCACUCCCCCCUCCCCUGCCUUCCCUCUGAGGUUUGACAGUUGGUCUGUUCGUGAUGCUUUAUUAUUUUGGUUUAGAGACUCUAGAGCAUAUGUAAGGUUAGUGUGUUAAGCAUUGUUUAAAAAAUACAACUAAGUCAUAAUUAUGCAGAAUAUUCACAAAGUUUAAUGUACAAAUAAAGCAUAUCAUUUAGGUUUA